AUGCACUGGGGGAUUGGCUUUGCCUCGUCCAGGUCGUGUGUGGUGGAUUUGAGCCGGAACCAGAGCAUCUCCUUCGGCUUGUGGGCCGGAUCCGAGGAGCCCUAUACCUUUUAUGGGGACAUCAUCGCUUUCCCUUUGCAGGAUUACGGAGGGAUCAUGGCAGGGUUGGGUUCGGAUUCCUGGUGGAAGAAAACCCUGUACUUGACUGGGGGAGCCCUGCUGGCUGCAGCGGCGUACCUGCUCCACGAGCUCCUGGCCAUUAGGAAAGAGCAAGAGGUUGACUCCAAAGAUGCUAUUAUUUUGCAUCAGUUCUCAAGGCCAAACAAUGGUGUCCCCAGUUUGUCUCCUUUCUGUUUGAAAAUGGAAACUUAUUUAAGGAUGGCCGACUUACCUUACCAGAACUAUUUUGAUGGAAAACUUUCCCCUCAAGGGAAAAUGCCUUGGAUUGAAUACAAUCAGGAAAAAGUAUCUGGCACAGAAUUCAUCAUUGACUUUUUGGAAGAGAAACUUGGAGUGAACUUAAAUAAAAAUCUUGGCCCUCAUGAAAGAGCAGUGUCCCGAGCUGUGACUAAGAUGGUGGAGGAGCAUUUCUAUUGGACGUUAGCUUAUUGCCAAUGGGUGGACAAUCUACACGAGACCCAGAAGAUGCUUUCUCUUAGUGGUCCCUUUAGUGACCUGCUGAAGUGGAUUUUCUGCCACCUAACGAAAGGCAUUGUGAAACGGGAAAUGUAUGGUCAUGGCAUUGGCCGCUUCUCUGAGGAAGAAAUCUACAUGUUGAUGGAGAAAGACAUGCGAUCUCUAGCAGGGCUUUUGGGUGAUAAAAAAUAUAUCAUGGGACCAAAAUUUUCCACUCUUGAUGCCACUGUCUUUGGACACUUGGCACAGGCAAUGUGGACCUUACCUGGGACAAGACCUGAGCGACUAAUCAAAGGAGAACUGAUUAACCUUGCUAUGUAUUGUGAAAGAAUAAGAAGAAAAUUCUGGCCAGAGUGGCACCACGAUGAUGACAACACCAUCUAUGAGUCUGAGGAAAGCAGUGAAGGCAGCAAGACACACACCCCGCUGCCUGAUUUCAGCUUUUACUCAAGGACAGAAACCUUUGAUGACGAAGGGGCAGAGAACAGUAUAUCCCGCACACCCGACACAGACUUCACUGGGCACUCCCUCUUUGAUUCUGAUGUGGACAUGGACGACUACAUAGACCACGAACAAUGCAAAUGA